AUGAAUCUCUUUGCUUUUGGCUCCAAUGGGUCGGGACAACUAGGUCUUGGCCACAAAGAAGACGUGUCUACCCCAACACAAUGCCUCUUCACACCAUCAUCUACAGCAUCCGCAGCAUCUGCCCUUGAAAAUCAGGAACAGGGUUCAGUGAGCCAAGUGGCAGACAAAAUUGUUCAAAUCGUCGCUGGGGGAAACCAUACACUCCUCUUAACGCGCCAGGGUCACGUCUAUGCGGCGGGGUACAACUCGGAUGGACGUUGCGGUCCAGUCAAACAGAUCAUCCCUUUGGAUGAAUCCUUUAAGCUCAAUAGUGACAAGGACCGAACAGAGAAAGAAGAAAAGAACAAUGAUUUACGGUUCCAACGCGUGAUUCUCACUGAUCCGACUACCGGGUACACCGUCGACACCUUUACAUCUGUGUCUGCCACCUGGGAGGCGUCUAUCCUCGUCGCAAGUGUACCACCAACACGAGCCAACUAUACCGACGAUCAUGGGGAUUGCACAGUCUACGAAGAUAAAGUUUUUGUUCAAGGGUCGGCUCUAAAAGGUGAACUCGGCCUUGGAAAUCACCCUCUGGCACACGGCACGGCCGUGCCACCGUGUACAUCGAUCCCGGACUUCCCACCAAUCGGCACGACGAUCUUGGCGCUGGCAAGCGGGAUGGGCCACUCGGUGGCUAUUCUCUCAAACGGAGAUGUCUACGGAUGGGGCGGGUCUCGAAAAGGUCAAUUGGGCGAGGCACUGAAGCGCGAGAAGAUAGUAUGGUCACCGGAGCAGGUAUCGGGCAUCCCGUUUGCUGCGACAGGAGCUAUAUGUGGGCGCGAGUUUACGGUUGUGGUUGGAAAUCGAGAGCAGGGGGAGUUUCUGGUGCUCGGCGAUGAGGGAAAUCGGUGGGGAGUUUUGGAUGUGAGGGAUUCUGAGGCUUUACGGUUACGGAUACGAGGAAAAGAAGGUGUAGGAGCUAGUGUGGAUAACUCUGCUCCUGCUAGUACUAAACAAAGUGGGGCUGCAAUGUGGGGGUUUGAGGAAAUUGGGGCUAGUUGGCAUGGGAUUUAUGUCCAUCUCUCUACGCCAGUUGAAUGUGGAUCCUCGCCUGCUGCUGCUACUACUGAUGCUGCCGCGAGUCAGAAUUCGCUAUUUGCCUGGGGCCGCAAUGAUCGUGGUCAACUCCCACCAUCUGACCUCCCGCCUCUGGCUAGGCUUGCCGUUGGGAGUGAGCAUGUUGUUGCGCUUCUGCGGGAUGGUUCCGUGGCGGCAUUCGGGUGGGGCGAGCAUGGAAAUUGUGGACCGGAUACAGAUCCCCACGGCAAUGUAGCCGGCAUGUAUAAAGUGCUUUCGCUACCGGAUGCUGUUUAUGCGGCCGGUAGAAGGGUCAUUGGGGUAGGGGCUGGGUGUGCAACGAGUUGGGUGAUUGUGGAUUGA